UGUCCGCAGUUCAUCAAGAGCUCGAGGUUGAGCUUUUGGAUGCUUCCGUUUCCGUUUCCGACUUCGUGAAGAAGAUCUGGAGCCUUGAUUCCAGUACUCUGGGCACCAUUCUCAAUGCACAGUGGGGGCUCCAAGAAGAUGCCUUGAAGCAAUAUGAAAACGUCUACGCCGACGCCACUUCGGAGCCCAUACGCCAUCGGCCUUUCCGUGAAAUCUCUGCUGCCUUGCUCCAAGACGUUUGUAUGGCUCUGGAAAUCGACUGCGCUGCUUGUGCUACACUAUCUACCGCAACAACACGAUCUCAUUACAACAUAGGCUCAAUGUCUUUCGUCCAAAGUCACUCGACUGCCGUCAACAGCUCGACCUCAACCAAACGGCCCAUUAGCCAAGUUGACGGCCCGAACGAGUCCGGCGAUUCGAAGCGCGUGAGGGUCCUCGUUGCAGGCGAUAGGCUUGUGCCCUCCAGCGACGGCUGUGGAACUGCGACUGCUGUCAUUCGGACGGUCGGAUUCAACGAUUUCCUCCGCGUCGCCGGUAAUGGUCCUCAGCUGCUUGCAGCAUCCCUCUUUGCCUUCAGCAGGGCGAGCACGAAGCGGGCGGGGUUCGACCCGUUUGUGCGCCAUUUUGUGAACCCCGCAGGGAGUCGGCUAGGACUUGAAUCUGGCAUGAUCGCGCCGAACCGUCUGAAGCUUGAGUCAUGGGCACUGGAGACGCGCAAGGAGGAAGAACCCGUUCGCGAUCGCGUCGGGUCCAAACUAUCUUCCUCAACUGUCUCGAAUGCAAGCCACUAUCACACGGACACGACUGGCGGUGUCCUUCACUGCGACAUCAACGAAAGCAAUAUGUCGCUUGUUGACCUUGAAGAUUUUGGAAGACCUACGACGUCGAUCAUCCGCGGCGUUCUCAACGACUUUGCCUUGGCGCACACAACUGUUCAUGUCCAAGGACCUGCUCCUGCCGCCCCGCAAGUCUCGAGUGCCGCCGAUUCACUGCUCUUCUACUUCCUUAUCUGGGGGUGCACGCCGUACACAUUCAAAACGGAUACCAAGGGCUCGCGGAGGCGGCCUGUCCCGCCCUGCCUCAAGAAGUGGAACAAGGAGACAGCGUACAUGGCGAAGACAACGUUCUAUCUGGGCCAUGGGUUCGGUAUCGUCGGCGACGCGAUCUUGCCACAUUUCGAGGGUGUGUGGAAAGAAUGGGUCACCCCGCUCUACCGCAAGGUGUUCAGGCCAGCCAUGGCAUUCCGGCCGACAGAAGGGGAUCCUGGCUAUGAAGAGCAUGAAUUUGUGACAUGCAAUGGGGUGGUGACUUUCGAGAAAUUUAUGGCUGCCAUUGGAGUGCAGCCACGACUUGUGAACCCCUCGCCUCCCACUUCAAAUGUAUAGU